CCCGUUGCCGUCGCGCUUUUCGAGCUGCCGCCGUCCGCCUGCAAACCGCUCCAGCGCCGUGGCGGCGGCUCCCAAAAUCGCGGGGCGGGCGCGGGGCGGGCGCGGCGAUCCCGCUCCGUGCUCCCGUGCGGCCCGCGGCGGCGGCAGCUCCGCCUCGGGGGCCCGCGGCGGCCGGCGGGGCUGCCCGCGGCGGGGCGCCGGCGAUGUCCGGGGCCCGGGCGGCUCCUCCCGGUUGAGCGGCGGCUCCGCGCGGGCCCCGCGCCCUCCCCGCGCCGCGGGCUCCGGCACCCGCGGCCCGCCCGGCCGGGCAUGAGGCGCAGCGGCGGCGGCACCAAGGCUCCUGCGGGGCUGCGCGUUGCCUGAGGCGGCGCCGGGCCCGCCGCGCCCCGCGGGACGAUGUCGCAGGAUCACGACAUGGACAAGACGAUCAAGUUUGGAGACUCCCAGGAAUCCCACAGCCAGGAAAUCCAGCUGAAACUCUUGGAUAUUUUUAACCACAUCGCUGCUUCUGAAGCAUUUGCAGCUGUUCAGCAUCAAAACCAUGGAAUUCUUCAGGAACAGAGUGAAUAUUUCCCAGGCAAUCCCUGGUGCUGAGGCUGGAGCUGCCAUUCCUGAGCUGGGAGGUGGAAGUGGCUCCCAGAUCCUGGAUUUGCUGUCAUUUGUGGCUCUUGACCACUUCAUUAUUCAUUUUUCCUCCGAGUUGGAAAGCUGCUUUGGGAUGCAGGAAACCUCCAUUUUAGAGGAAUACAACAUAAACUGGACUCAGAAGCUGGGAGCUGGGAUCAGUGGGCCCGUGAGAGUCUGCAUGAAAAAAUCCUCCCAAGAACGCUUUGCACUGAAAAUCCUCCUCGAUCGUCCAAAAGCUCGAAAUGAGGUACGUCUGCACAUGAUGUGUGCCACACAUCCCAAUAUUGUUCAAAUAAUUGAAGUUUAUGCUAACAGUGUGCAGUUCCCACAUGAAUCCAGCCCCAGGGCUCGGCUCCUAAUUGUAAUGGAGAUGAUGGAAGGGGGAGAGCUCUUCCACAGAAUCAGCCAGCACCGGCACUUUACUGAGAAGCAAGCGAGCCAAGUAACAAAGCAGAUAGCUUUGGCUUUGCAGCAUUGCCACUCACUAAACAUUGCACACAGAGACCUCAAGCCUGAGAAUCUCCUCUUCAAGGACAACUCUCUGGAUGCACCUGUUAAAUUGUGUGACUUUGGGUUUGCCAAAGUAGACCAAGGUGACUUGAUGACACCCCAGUUCACUCCCUAUUAUGUAGCACCUCAGGUACUGGAGGCACAAAGAAGGCAUCAGAAAGAAAAGUCUGGUAUUAUCCCCACCUCUCCAACCCCUUACACUUACAACAAGAGCUGUGACCUGUGGUCCCUGGGGGUGAUUAUCUACGUGAUGCUGUGUGGGUACCCCCCCUUUUACUCCAAGCACCACAGCCGGACGAUUCCCAAGGACAUGAGGAAAAAGAUCAUGACAGGAAGCUUCGAGUUCCCAGAGGAGGAGUGGAGCCAGAUCUCAGAAAUGGCAAAAGACAUUGUGAGAAAGCUGCUGAAGGUCAAACCUGAGGAACGUCUGACCAUCGAGGGGGUGUUGGACCAUCCCUGGCUCAAUUCCACAGAGGCCCUGGACAACAUCCUGCCCUCUGCCCAGCUGAUGAUGGACAAGGCCAUGGUGGCAGGGAUCCAACAGGCUCACGCAGAACAACUUGCAAACAUGAGAAUCCAAGACCUCAAAGUGAGCCUGAAACCCCUUCACUCCGUGAACAACCCGAUCCUGCGCAAGCGGAAACUCCUGGGCACCAAGCCAAAGGAUGGUGUUUACAUCCAUGACCCUGAGAAUGGAAGCAAUGAUUCCAACGUGGCUCUGGAGAAGCUGAGAGAUGUGAUUGCUCAGUGCAUUCUACCACAGGCUGGUAAAGGAGAGAAUGAAGAUGAGAAGCUGAACGAAGUGAUGCAGGAGGCCUGGAAAUACAACAGGGAGUGCAAAUUGCUGCGAGACACCCUGCAGAGCUUCAGCUGGAAUGGCAGAGGAUUCACAGACAAAGUGGAUCGACUAAAACUGGCAGAAAUCGUCAAACAAGUGAUUGAAGAGCAGACAAAUUCCCACGACUCUCAAUAGCUGGAGCUUCUUAAUCUUAUUUUUUUUUACCAUUUAAGAUUUAUUCUUUAACUGUAAAAAGUAUUUUUAUGUAAAUUAAUAAAUCAUAAUUAUUUCAUUAAA